ACGUGACUCCUCAUCUCCCCUCCGCACUCCAGCUUUCCAAUGUAGCGAAUGUACCUUUGUACCGGCCCAGCUCCGAAAAACCUCCAAUAGACCGAGUAAUAGCCAGCGAGAAAUUUAUCAUCGCCGGAGCAGCGAAACCACGUCCGUCACCUUUACAAAAAAAAACCGCCCUGCCGCAAACCACCCAAAACCCGCCCAAUUGACCUCGCCUCUUUUUUGUUCUCUUCUUCUCUUUCUUCUUUUCCCUCGUCUCCCCCACAAAAGCCGCAAUCAUGUUCCGCACUGCUGUCCUCCGCACAUCCGCCUCGGCCGUCCGCGCUGUUGCCCGACCCGUCGCCAUCCGAAGAACAGCUGCCCUGGCCGCUGCUCCCCGCGCCGUCGCCGCUCCUUUCCGUGUCCAGAGCCUCAUGGGCGUGAGGAUGUACAGCGCUGGUGGUGGCCUGCACAAGGAGGAGGUUGAGGGCCGCAUCAUGAGCCUGCUGCAGGGAUUCGACAAGGUCAACGACGCUACCAACAUCAAGCCCACUGCCCACUUCGCCAACGACCUCGGCCUGGACAGUCUCGACACCGUUGAAGUCGUCAUGGCCAUCGAGGAGGAGUUCAGCAUCGAGAUUCCCGACAAGGAUGCCGACAGCAUCCACUCAGUUGACAAGGCUGUCGAGUACAUCCUCAACCAGCCCGACGCCCACUAAAUUACUCCCGACCCGAACGACUCUGGAAACACUGGCCAACCUCCCUGUUUUUCUCCCUCCUUUAACUCUCCAAAGUCCCUCCCUCGUUAUGGCACUUAAAAUUCCCUUCCUACGAUAUACCCGGAUAUGAAGAGGUCAGGAUAUAAGGGAUGGGGUUUACCGAGAUAAAAUAAUGAAUUUGUUUGGGGACUUGUAAAAUAUAAAAAAAAGGCCAUUCACGGUCAAAACAGGUGAUACCAGGUGAUGGUAAAAAAAAAA